UGUUCUCUGCAAGAGCUGGAACAUUUUGUUUAGGAAGCAGAAAAUAUUUAGAACAUCUGGACGGGCAGCCUGUGGCGCAUCGGCAGGUUUAUCGGCAACUUUUAACAUUUUAACAGCUUAAAAAGUAAGUCUGCCAUUUUAGACAGGCAGAGGUUUAACUUCUCCGAAACCUUCGACCAGGAAGACGCAAGAACGGCCAACUUUUAUUUGGCAAGAGUUUAAGUAAUGACAGAUAAACACGUAAUCGCCUCAUGUUUGCUUGCGACGAAAAAUAAGCUAUGGAUAUAUGCGACGGGAAGAGAAGAAGAAAGGUAAGCGGCGGCGUGCGGGGCUGCAGGCGCAGCGUGGCCGCCAAGAUGAAGCGGGAGGCGGUGAAGGUCCUCCGCUCCCUCUCAGUGGGGAACAACAACAGGCGUGCUGAGGCCAUGGACGAGGAAGACGACGAGGACUGCUUCUCCAUUUCCUUCCUCCGGAGUGACCCCUCCAGGCCGGCGGCGGCCGUGUCUCCGCGGUACAGCCUGCUGCGGGAGGUGGGCCGGGGAAGCUACGGGGUGGUGUACGAGGCCGUGGCCCGGAGAACAGGGGCCAGGGUUGCGGUGAAGAGGCUCCAGUGCGACGCCCCAGAAAACGUCGAACUGGCACUGGCCGAGUUCUGGGCCCUGACGAGCCUAGAGAACCGACACCAGAAUGUGGUUCAACUAGAGGAGUGCGUGCUGCAGCGGAACGGCCUGGCCCAGAAGAUGAGCCACGGCAACAAGAAGUCCAAGCAGUACCUGCGGCUAGUGGAGACCUCCCUCAAAGGUGAGCGCAUCCUGGGUUACCCAGAGGAGCCAUGCUACCUUUGGUUCGUUAUGGAGUUCUGCGAAGGUGGGGACCUCAACCAGUACAUCUUGUCUCGGCGACCCGACCCCCAGACCAACAGCAGCUUCAUGCUCCAGCUAACAAGUGCCAUUGCUUUCCUUCACAAGAACAACAUUGUCCACCGGGAUCUGAAGCCAGACAACAUUCUCAUCUCGCAGAAAUCUGGUUCACCUGUACUUAAGGUAGCAGACUUUGGCCUCAGUAAGGUUUGUGCUGGACUAACCUCCAAGACCAGUGAAGAAGAUCCUACAGCGAGAGCUGGUGGCAAAGGGAGCAACCAGUACAACACUGUCAACAUCAACAAGUUCUGGUUAUCGUCAGCUUGCGGCUCAGACUUCUACAUGGCCCCGGAGGUUUGGGAGGGCCACUACACAGCUAAAGCUGACAUCUUUGCCCUUGGCAUCAUCAUUUGGGCAAUGGUCGAACGAAUCACGUUCAUUGAUGCAGAGUCGAAGCGUGAACUACUGGGCACGUACGUUCGACAGGGCUCUGAGAUCAUUCCUGUUGGGGAAGCUCUGCUGGAGAACCCCAAGAUGAUUCUGCACAUCCCUCAGAAGGCCAGGAGCUCUAUGACUGAAGGGGUAAAGAAACUCCUUCUGGACAUGCUUGCAGUAAACCCUCAGGACCGACCAGAUGCUCUCCAACUGGAAAUACGAAUGGAUCAAGUCACUUUUGCUGCAUGACAAACACUUCUAAACCUUUCCUUUUUUACCCCAACCCAUCCAAGUAGGGACCCAUUUCCUCUCCAGACCUGUUGUCUCCGUGGCAGUGGACGGGGAAGGAAGAAGGACUCUGACAACCUGAAAUGUGAAGACUCAUGAUCUAGAACUGAGCUGCAAGACAAACUGGAGCAUUAUUCCAAACCUCUGGGGCAGAGAAAUAUGCAAAUAGACUCGUUACAAUCUCAUUUUUAUUUUCUAUUCGCUUACUGGGGAGAUGGACAAUGUCAGAGUGAAGUCAGAGUGCUGGCUGGAUCAGAAAGCAGCUUUCAUUUUGUAAUCUAGUUUGUUUUAUGAGUUUGUUCUUCCUUAACUUUUGUACUGUACUGAACUAUGAGGCAGGUUGGCCGUGUUCUCACCGAUUAAAGCAUUCGUGGGAGUAAUGACUCUGAAGAACAGACGACUGCUACCUUCAAACAUCCCUGUGCCUUUAAGAGGAUUCACCCCGAGUCGACUGGACCCGCGGGAGAAUUCAUCCUGAAGGUUCUGAACCAAGAUGGAAACCUGAGAAGUCUGCGAACUUGUGAAGUUUCAGGCUAGCAAAAUGUGCAAACACUUUUGUUUUUAAAGUUUUGAAUGAUUCAUCGAGCGGGUAUGAUUUCAGAGGAGGCAGUCGGGGGGUCUCUCGGAGUUCAACACUGAGGCACAAUUAGGAAUCAGAAAAAUCUCCCAGAAGCUUAAAAACAGAGAACGACAGCGAUGUGUGUUGAUGAUGAUCUGCGCCACAUUCCAGAUGAAGAUCUGAUGGGUUUUUAGAGUGGAGGCGAACUCGUCAUAUCAGGCCUUUCAACCUGUGCAGUUGUAACCAAACAAGAUCAUUUAAACUCUUACUGGGCAUUAGUUCCUGUUCAAACCAAAGAGCCCCUCAUGGACCAAGUGCACACGGUUUUCCUUUGCCAUAAGAGUUCUUCAUGACCAAGGAGUUGGUUUUUGAUGAUUUUUCCCAGCGCUAGCAGAUGUUUUAGCAACUGAAUGUUUUUCUGUUGAGGUUGAGUUUGGCAUUUUGGACAGGCUAACAGAAAACCUCUAUAUACAUAAGAAAAUGUGCAGAUUUCAGCCAUUUCCAGCAUUGCACCUUAUAUAUUUUCAAUUUUGUAACGGGUUUGGAUGGUGUGAAGUGGGUUACUUUGUAGCUUUUACACGUGAGCAGUAUUGAGUCUUUAAAUAUUUCACUGUCCGGUGCCAUUUGGGGGUUUCUUCAGGAAAUUGGAAGCUGUACCAUCUGAGAAUAAUCCCAAAGGCACACGGAGACACUCGUCCUUUUCUCUGGUUCCUUCCCGCUUCUUAUUGAAGUGAUUUGAACUCUUUCGGUUGUAGCCUGCUGACCGGUUAGACAGGAAAUCACAGGACGUUUGGACUUGUCUGCUAUAGAGCCCUAAAGGCAAAUGAAAAAUCCAGAGCUUGAAGGACUUCCAGGGGAAUAUGACUGAACAAACGGAGAGAGAGAGAGAGAGCACGAAAUGUUGUCACCAGCCUCUCUUUGGGACUUGAGUGUCCUUCAGUGACUUGGCUCUGCAGCCACAGCAGUUCUGAGACUUGUUUUAGUUCUGUAGCGUGAUGCUACCUCCUGCUUAACACUCAUCACCCUCAACGGUCUGUAGUAACGUCUUAGGUGUGAGGAUAGGGUGCACAGUGGCUGAGUAGGAAAGCAUCUGACCCCAUACUUGAUGUUUUAUUCUUGUUUCCGAGGUUCUGGCUGGAACCAACACCUCUCUUUUUCCCAGAGUUUUACUAAAUGUACAUCUCACCUACGAGCCACAGUGUGUUCAUUUAAAAGCUACAGCUCCAAUAAGGGUUUUACCAGGACUUUAUCUAAAGGCAGAUGGUGGUGUUUAACCCUCCUCUGGGUACAUCUGGACGCUCAGACUGGCAUGAGAUCAGCAGGAAGAUUGAAAAUCAUAUGUAGAUUAAUUCUGCAUGGAAGUCUGAGAAGGCUGCUUUUGUUUUGAAAGGCCUCUGUAGUUGUUGGGGAAGCUACGACGGGCUUCAGCGAGUAGUUAAGUCUAUGAGCUCAGGUUGUUGAGAACAGCAAAUGAGUUACAUAAAAGCUGUGGUAUGCAACUCAUAAAAACUAUUUUUAAUAUGUAUUUAAAACUGUCACCAUGUCGUGACAGUUUAUGAGACAGUCUGUUAAAAGAUUGAUCUCCUCCACCUCCUUCCUGUGCUGCUGGGAGAAGGCAGGGAAACUUUACCUUUUAUUUCACACAGAUUAUCUCUUGUAUUACACUAUCACGAUUUGGUGACAGUUUCAACAGAUAUGUAACUUUUUUUAUUUUAUUUUUUUAUAAAAGUUACAUACUGCAGUUUUUAAAUUUCUCAGCAUUUCUCAUGUUUUCCUGCUCGGCCAUAACUGUGUUUUUGCUCUCAGUAACUUGUGUGGUCAAAAUGCCAGCAGCUGGUUCUGCAUUAAAUAUUCAGAGUGUGAAAUAAAGUGACAUCUGGUAGCAAAAUGAAAUGUCCAACUCUUACGGGAGCUGUAGAUGUUAAAGGGUACCAAACAUCAAACUGUGAAGGUUUCAGUUCUACGAUGUAAUAGAGCUAUUUCUUUUUUUUUUUACCUGGAAGGUGUUCAUUCUGUCCCGUUUUGUGUUUCAUCUUUAUAGCCACCAAACGCAGUGAAAGGUCAUAGUUCAUGUCACAGUUUGUGCUCACUUGCUCCUGCUGCUGUUUUUCCAUGUACCUUUUUUGCAGAAUAUUGAUAACUUCACUUGAACACUAUGCAACAAAAGAUUUAAUUGCCUCACUGUAAAUGCUGCACAGAGCCACACCCUCCUCGAACUCUUGUGGAUGAUACCUUGAACUCUUUCCAUGUUUCAGUGUGUACAGAAUCGUCUUUCAGGUGUAAAAUAGCGACUUUUUGUUGUUGUCGUUCUUAAUAAAGCUGACAGGAGCCAUUAGAUGUUUGAGGAAAGCAUUUGUUAUUUUGCUGUAAAUAUCUUUGACAACUUUUCGGCAAAUAAAAGCUUAAAAUGUG